AUGGAAUCCCCAGUGUACAUAUUUCGUGAAGAGCUGGGUCCCACCUGCCCCCCAGGUUUUUGCCCUUUUCCAAGCAGGACCAGCCACAGCUGGCUUGCAGACUGGGAAGAAUAUGGCAACAGCAGCAAUGGUGGAUAUGAGGACUUACAGCAGAAUCAGACUAAUAUCUCCCCAGCUAUUCCUAUCAUCAUCACAGCAGUCUACUCUAUGGUCUUUGUGGUAGGCCUGGUGGGCAACUCCCUGGUUAUGUUUGUCAUCAUAAGGUACACAAAGAUGAAGACUGCAACAAACAUUUAUAUUUUUAAUUUGGCUCUGGCAGAUGCUCUUGUCACCACAACUAUGCCUUUUCAAAGUACUGAGUAUUUAAUGAACACUUGGCCCUUUGGGGAUGUGCUAUGUAAAAUAGUCAUUUCAAUUGAUUACUAUAACAUGUUUACGAGCAUAUUUACCCUGACCAUGAUGAGUGUAGAUCGCUACAUUGCUGUGUGUCACCCAGUGAAGGCCCUGGACUUUCGUACUCCUUUGAAGGCCAAGAUCAUCAAUAUAUGCAUCUGGGUCUUAUCUUCAUCUGUAGGCAUCUCAGCUAUAGUUCUUGGAGGUACCAAGGUCAGGGAAGAUACCGGAAGCAUUGAGUGUUCUCUUCAGUUUCCAGAUGAUGACUAUAUCUGGUGGGACAUCUUUAUGAAAAUCUGUGUAUUUGUCUUUGCCUUUAUUAUCCCAGUCCUAAUUAUUAUAGUUUGUUACACUCUGAUGAUCCUGCGCUUGAAAAAUGUUCGGCUCCUGUCUGGAUCGCGAGAAAAAGAUCGAAACCUCCGCCGUAUCACCAGAUUGGUUCUUGUUGUAGUUGCAGUUUUCAUUAUCUGUUGGACCCCCAUCCACAUUUUUGUGUUAGUUGAGGCUCUUGGAGAUGUCUCACAUAGCACUGCAGCCAUUUCUAGCUACUAUUUCUGUAUUGCAUUGGGCUAUACCAACAGCAGUCUAAAUCCCAUUCUUUAUGCUUUUUUGGAUGAAAACUUCAAGCGCUGUUUCAAAGAUUUCUGCUUUCCUUUUAAGAUGAAGGCAGACAGGCAAAAUACUGGCAGAGUUAGAAACACAAUUCAUAAUCCUGCUCAUGCCGGGCACAUUGAUGGUACAAACAAGCCAGCAUGA